UGAGCGCGCAACGCCCGGAAGCGGUGCUGGGCGGGUGGUGCCGGGGCCGGCGGCGGGGAUGGGCGAUGUGGCGGCUGGGCGCGGCCUGGGCGCGGCCCGGGGCGCUGCGUGGGGCCCGGGGCCGGCGAGGCCGGGGUCGGGGUAGCGGCGCGGCGGGGGCCGCCUGUGCGGGCGGAGCGGCCGCGGGCUCCCCGGCAGGCGGCCUGGUCUUGCGCUCCCGGCCCGGCCCGAGCGGCGCUGGCGGCUGUAAGUCCGCGUGCGGGGGGCCGGGCCCGCGGGUCGGGGCGGCGGCGGGACCCCGCGGGACAGGGAGGUGCGGGAGCGGCGGCCGGGGAGGUGACAGCCGCCCCCCGCGCAACGACAGGCAGUGGUGGCGGUGGCGGCAGGGGAGGAAGAGGGGCUUCACCGCUCAGCGCUCUUGAAUCCCGCAGCGGCGGUGACACGGGUGUGAGGAGCCACCGCGUCUUGUAAGAGGGCGGCGGCAGGACCCCCCUUCCCCUCUGCAGCCUGAGCAAACCUGCGUCUGAUUUCUUGCACGUCGUGGCCCUUGUAGGCUUUGUGGUCCCUCAGAGGCAGCGUUGGGGUACCAAACCCACCUUUGUUGUGUGAUUUGUUUUGUUAAGGGUCUGGUAAUCCCAGCGUUGCUUGCGUAAGAUUUGUAUAGGCAGUUUUGGGAUGUAAGGCGUCUAAAUUACGUGUCUUGGAGGUGUGCUAGCAUCUUCAGCCUUGCCUAACUUUGUAGCCAGGGCUGUGAAAUCGUCAGGCCCCACACCACGACUGGUAUUUCCAAAAUUAAUUGGUUUUUUUCCCCCAAUGUAAACUAAGUGAGGAGCAAUAAGUGUAACAGAACUCUGAAUGAGCAUGGACAUUCACCAUUUGACUUUUUGUAGCGUUAAGGACAACAGAGAACUUAAGAUAAACACCUGAUAAAUGAAGAUGGUAGGAAGACAGUUGUGUGUGUUGAGGGGAACAUCGCGAGUGGAAAAACAACAUGCCUGGAUUAUUUUGCACAAACUACUAACAUUGAGGUUUUGACAGAACCGGUGGCAAAGUGGAGGAAUGUUCGUGGUCAUAAUAUCCUGGGCUUAAUGUACCAAGAUGCCUCAAGAUGGGGGAUAACAUUACAGACUUACAUACAGCUUACCAUGUUGGAGCAGCAUACCAGACCAAUGAUUUCCCCCGUAAGAAUGAUGGAGCGAUCAAUUCACAGUGCAAGAUAUAUUUUUGUAGAAAAUUUGUAUCAAAGCGGAAAAAUGCCAGAGGUGGAUUAUAUUGUCUUAAGUGAAUGGUUUGACUGGAUCCAGAACAACACUGAUGUUUCGGUUGAUUUGAUAGUUUAUUUGCAGACUUCUCCUGAAGUUUGUUAUGAGAGGUUAAAGAGAAGAUGCAGAGAAGAGGAAAAGGUCAUUCCUCUGGAGUAUUUAGAAGCUAUUCAUCAGCUCUAUGAAGAGUGGCUCAUUAAACAUACACGGUUUGAAGUUUCCUGUCCAGUGCUUGUUAUUGGAGCUGAUCUUGACAUGCAGAAAAUGGUAGAAAAGUAUGAGGAAAACAGGGACCAGAUACUAAACCCAUCUAAUAUGCAACACCAUUUGUAGAAGUCUGCAGUUGUUGUAUUUUAUAAAACAUGUUAAUGAAGUCUGCUUUAAAGGCAAUUUUGAGUAUUUUAAGUAUUUCUAAAUAUAAUGGGUUUUGCUCUUGAAUUACGCUUUGUAGAAUGUUUUGUGAACUUAGUGCUAUGAAAUGUUCAGAUACAAGUCAUAAACGGAAUAUAAGUUAAUUCCCUUUCAUGUUUUUAGAUGCUCCGUCAGCUUUACUGUGUCAGUUUUACUCAGCUAAAAUGUCGGUUUUCUCCUAUUUCACUGCUGCUUCCUAUAAGUAACCAAAGUUUCUUCUUUUUUGAUCCCCAAAGACAACCCUAUUUUUAUAAUUCAAAAGAAAUAGUUCCAUACAAGAGGUGGGAUGUCCUUUUUUAUUAUUAGUGGAAGCAAAUGAAGUGCAUUAAGUUAAAGUAGCUUUGUUAAAUAGGUCUUUUCAAGUUGAAAUAGGGAGUCUUACUCUAAUCCUACCUAUGCUAGUACAAUUUCAUUGAGUUCAGUAAAUUUCUUCUGCUUUGCAUGAAAUCACAACAUAGCUGUAGUUAUGAGGAUAACUACACGGUAGUAUAGUCCCACUGAAUUCAGUGGCAGAAAAAGAAUAACAGUUUUCACAAGUGAUUGCAGAGUGGCUCUGAGGCUUUUUUUUAAGCUAGGUUUUUAAAAGGGCUAAUUUCUCUCCAGUGCUCAUGAAAUCACUGGCCCUGCUAUGGCUUAGUAGAGGACUAGUUAAAAUACAAGGUGCAUAGAAGUGUAUUUGUUGUUCUUUUCAAAUGGUUAUAAAAAUCCUAGAGUUAAUUGAUUUCUUAACUAUUUUGGAUUCUUCAAUUGUACUUUUGUUUUUUUUUAAACAAAGAAUACAGAUGGUUCUUUGCAUUUAUAUCUUGAUCAUUUUAUUGUGACUUACAGGUAUUUGGACAGUAGGGAAAAAUACCGGGGAUUUCCUGUUAGCUGAAGUGUUUAGUUGCCCUUAAUUUCUGUUUAACCUUGUCAGUGUUGUCUUCAAGAUAAUCCUUUUAAUGCAGCAGUUCUGUUUUCAUGUUACUUUUUCUGUUUGAGGGUAAUGAUUCCUGUAGUACAGUAUAUAUGUGUGUAUUUUUUUCUGUAAUAGUUUUGGUUGGUUUAACUGGAGCAACCAUGGUUAGCAGUGCUUAAAAACACACAGUUGAGCAUCUGUCAUGCCUUUGUAGUGAAUGCUUCUACAUCCAGUGAAUGGCUAACAUCCAGGACUUAAGUGAUCAAAGUACUAACUGACUGUGGACAUUUGUCUGUAACUUGUUGGAGAAUACAAAUUUUCAGUUACUUGGCUUUUCCCUGUUCCACCUGAUUUUGAACAGUAUCUGAUGGUGUCACUUUCGGAAAUCACUUCACUGCUUUUAUUUUAGUUGUGUGAUGGCUGGUUUUGUGAUAUGCCUAAAAAGCAUUGUCUUGAAAUGACUGCACCGUUUUCCGAGUCAGGAAAUGCAGUUAAUGUCUCAUUUCCAUAUUUCCAUUUUUCCCUCCCCCAAAUCUGUACAACUUAAUAACGACUAGAGCACUGAGACAGCAUUUCCUAGUGAAGUACUAAAUUAGUAUACUAAAGCUUGUGAACCAAGUACUGCCAUUCUAGUGUUCUGUUGUAAAUCUUUAGAAUUCUAGCUUAAACAUAAGAUUUUGUGUGUUAAGUAAUUAUCUUAUUGAAGCUUAUUUGUUAGGAGGAUACUAGUCAUUCUUUGAACCUUCUGUCAAACUUUCAGCAUUUUUUCUUCUGUAAGUGACCAAAAGAACUAUUUCUUUGGAAAUAGUUUUAUAAAUUUGAAGUUCAGUCACCUGCAGUUUGUUCCUAAUUGUAAUUUCAUUAUGGGUUGUAUUAGCCUAGGAUGUAUAUUUUGCAAACAGUUCAAUUGUUUUGUACAGAGAAUCUUAUAGUACAAAGAAUGUCACUGUUACCUUUAUGCUUUUUUGUCAGAUCCCCCGCUCCCCUUUAUUAUAUCAAACCAGUAGUUUGGAUGGAGGUUACUGAUAUUCACAGCUAUAAUGGAACAUAGAGGACUCAUUUAUGUAAAUUAUUUAUUAAAAAUACAGAUGUGAUGGCUACAGAGAGCACGUUUAUUUUGUUUUGCUAUCUAUUAUUUUUGUGUAUAGAUUUUCAUGUUCAGGAAGGUUGGGGUAUUUAAUGAAAACUGGGAACAAAACCAAACAGGUUGCUUGUUAUGUGUCAUAAAUGUAAAAUGUUUGCAAUCUGCUAUAGAUGUAUAGAUAAAAAUACUUCAGUAAUCGUAAGUA